ACGGCUCUCCACCGAGUGCUCGCUCAUUGAAUUACCGUACUCAGCCCGUUCAGCUCGAUUUAGUGAAAUAAUUUGGAGUAAAGCAGGCCGCAGCAGCUCGCCGAGCACCGCCGCACUAACCCGGCCUUCUGUUCGUGUGACUACGGCGGUGGGGCGUGCUCUCCUGGGCUCGCUGGCUGGAUUUGGUCGGGGAGGCAGGGGGAAGUACGGAGCUGGUCCUGAGCGAUGAUGGAGCUGGAGUCGGCCAGCAACAGAGGCGACCUGGGAGCUGUGGGGGACUCGCUGCAGCCACAGACCCCGAGCAGACACGAAAAGAGCCUGGGACUGCUCACCACCAAGUUUGUGACUCUACUCCAGGAGGCGAAGGACGGAGUGCUGGAUCUGAAGGCGGCGGCAGACACCUUGGCAGUGCGGCAGAAACGGCGUAUCUACGAUAUCACUAACGUGCUGGAAGGAAUCGGACUGAUUGAGAAGAAGUCCAAGAACAGCAUCCAGUGGAAGGGCGUAGGUCCAGGCUGCAACACCAGGGAGAUAGCCGAUAAGCUGAUUGACCUGAAGGCCGAGCUGGAUGACCUGGCCCUCCGAGAACACGAGCUGGACCAGCAGAGAGUCUGGGUCCAGCAAAGCAUCAAAAACGUCACAGAUGACUCCAACAAUAGUCCUAUGGCAUAUGUAAAACACGAAGACCUCUGUGGAGCUUUUAAAGGUGACACACUCCUCGCCAUCCGUGCUCCCAUCGGCACGCAACUAGAGGUGCCCAUACCAGAAGCUGUUCUUAACGGACAGAGAAAGUACCAGAUCCGUCUCAAGAGUUCAUCUGGUCCCAUCGAGGUUUUAUUGGUCAAUAAGGACCCCUCCAGUGCCUCUCCUGUUGUUUUGCCCGUCCCUCCUCCAGAUGACGUCCUUCAGAACCUCCCAGCGCCGACGCCUACCUCCCAGCCGCCCACUGCUGCCUCACAGGUCCCCAAAGCAGCUCCAGCCACUCCCACAAAACCAGCUCUCCCCACAACGUCGGCUACUGCAGCCAACCAGACGAUGCCAGAGGUGACGAGCACCACGCCGCUCACCCCGACAACAGAAACGCCUGCUGCCGUCACUCAGCAGCUACAGUCCUCCGCCUCUCUGGAUGGAUCUGUGUCCUCCUCUGCCUCGGCAGUGUUUGAACCAAUCAAGUCAGACCCGUCUGAAUUGCUGGAUUUCCCCAAAGAGCUGUCAGAAAUGUUUGAUCCAACAAAAGAGAUCAUGAGUGGAGACCUGUUGGAGGACUUGAUGUCAUCAGAAGUGUUCUCGCCUCUCCUCCGCCUGUCCCCUCCACCCAGCGACCACGACUACAUCUACAACCUGGACGAGACAGAAGGCCUGUGCGACCUCUUUGACGUGCCCAUUCUCAACCUCUGACCCCCGAGGAUGUUGAAAACAGUCGCCCAAAUAUGCUAAUCUACCUUCAUUUUCUCCACGUCUCUCCUCCCCCCUCACUGGCAGCGAAGGUGAGAAGAGGGGCAGGAAGCCAACACGAUCUGAUGAGCGUUUCAAGGACACGUCUGCGCCGACGGGGCGAGCUGAGGCCGAGCUCGGUCAGGCAGCAGCUCGACGUGAAGAGACACAGGCGAGAACAAAACGUUUUACUUACUGCUUUUCCAAGGAAAGAGAGUCGUAAUUAUAUUUUUGGAUUCUUGUGUAUUAUAAAGUGUUUGUGUUUCAGCUUUCCCCCCCGUGUGCUUGUGAGCGUGUCUGCAUACUUUAUGUAAGUGUGUGUCUUUUUGUAUUGAACUUGUCUCUUGAGUCGGGACGUCUCCGGGAGGAAACACGAGAGAAGCCCUUUUCCUAUCAGGUCAAGAGUCAUGGCAGACUAACAGUUCACGCAUGGCUUCACCAAGUCCAAACACAGCUGGUUAAAUAUGCACUGUCCUCAUGUACAUAGAGAAUAUAUAUUUUGUAUUACCAGCACACGCGGCUAUUGUCUAUUUCCUAUGUUUGUACUGCAGGCAGAGCAAUAGUUGCAAGAAAGCGAAAGACUCAAAUGCUCGCACCGUAUGUAUGAACUGCUUUGUUUUACGAAUUCAUUUUAAUCAAACCUUUCAGAGCUGAAGUGCUGCCGUGAACCAGUUAGCGAGAGAGGAUGUUAACGCCGAGCUACUGACGCCAGUAAGCUCCGAGACGUAAACAGCCAAGGACCAAAACGAGGGCGAGUUUUAGAAUUCAACAAUUUCACACGAAGGUCGACGAGGUGCUUGUUAAAAUCAGCAAUAAAACACGACUUCCUGUAAACUCCACAUUAUGACCGCCUUGUUCUCCACCAGGUUCCGUGUCGGCUCUUCAGAACUCAGAGGUUUCAUUUCUAUAAUUUUAGUGUCGUUUUGAACCUUGCAGGUUUUUUAUUGGCUCCGAUUCGACUUCGCUGGUCAGAGGAACAGCUUCCCAGAAUGAGUUGAGACUGUCUUUUCAGUUCUGAUGUCUGUAUAUGAACACCGUUGUACCAAGUUGAUUUGUAUGUACGCGUUUCUGAUGUGUUUUUACUGGACAUCGUCAUUAUGUCAUUAAAUUUGCUCUGGUUUUUGUAUAUUUGGCACAGAUCCCUAUUCAGUAAUUUCUAUUGUUUUGUUUCUGUCUGUAGUAAAUGGAAGUACUGCCUCUCACUCUAAAUUAGAUGGGGUUUUUUUCCCCAACUCUGAUUAUUCUCUGAUGAGCAGCAGUUCAGGAUGAGUUGUUCCUACUAUGAGACCACCAACAUUCAUCUUUCGACAGUACUUUCUUCUGUAAAAUCACUUUUUGUGUAAUAACGUCCCUUUUUUUUUUUUUUGUGCCCAGAACGACGUGUAUGUAUGUACUGUGUAUAUCCCUCUACUGCUUGUAUAGAAUAGCAUUUAUUUUUUAUACCAGCUAGAUAUAUUAUUCCAGGAUUGUCGCUACUAAUUUGGGGCUACACGUCAAAGUUUAAGGAGUUUUUCCUCCACAGAACCUCGUGCUUUAUUGAAGCAGCCUGUCUCGUUGUUGCACUUUCUACAUCACUGUGGACGGGCUGCUCGUCCUCCGUCGGCGUGUUGGGGCGGUGUCGUGAGCCGCCGGGGAGGCUGAACGUCUGCCGGCAUGUGGGGCUCGAGCACGCAGACUGUUCUGUGUUUUUUUCCAAACAGGCUCACCUUUGCUAAGCUGUAGUUGCAUCAAAUGAAACAGAAUAAACACUUUGAUAUUGUU